CACUGCCACGUCCGAAGGAGCCCGAAGAAGCAGCAGCAGUGACGGCUCUGAGCUGUGGGAUGGACCGGUGCCUGGCGGUGGUGGGGGGAUGAGAGCUGGGAGUGACCGAGGAGGAGAAACAGAGGAGAGGGAGGAAAGGAAGGAGGAAACACGUAGAGCCACAACACGAGAGCACAGCAGCGGCGCAAACAGCCUGUGCGCAUCUCCAGCCUCUCAGCCUCCCGGAGGAAACGUCCCGUCUUCGGCUCCAUUGUUCCCACACGGAGGCUUGUUCGGGAGCAUUGGGUCACCCAUGCUGAGCGCGGGGGGAAUGGAGGAAUUCGUGACCGAAGAGGAAGAGCCGUGGUACGACCAGCAGGACCUGGAACAGGACCUCCACUUGGCGGCAGAGCUGGGGAAAACUCUGCUGGAGAGGAACAAGGAGCUGGAGGACUCGCUGCAGCAGAUGUACAUCACUAAUGAAGAGCAAGUGCACGAGAUAGAGUACCUGUCCAAGCAGCUGGAGGUUCUGCGGGACAUGAACGAGCAGCACGCCAAGGUGUACGAGCAGCUGGACGGGACGGCCAGAGAACUGGAACACACCAAUCACACUCUGGUGAUGGACAGCAAGGCCUCGCAACAGAAGAUAGAGAGAUUGACAGGGACCAUUGAGACUUUGCAGAACCAGGUGGAGUCUCUUUCAGGGCGGGUGGAGCAGCUUCGCUCCUUGGAGCAGCUCCGAGUCAAGAGGGAGAAGCGGGAACGACGCAAGACGAUCCACUCGUUCCCUUGCCUGAGGGAGCUUUGUACAGCACCAAGGUACGAGGAUGAGUUCGUAGUGGGCAGGGCUGAGAGCUUUACUGUGGAGGCAAAGCGUCAGCCAUUUGAAGAAGAGAACCAGCACCUGCGGGAGGCGGUGUCGGCCCUGAGAGCUGCUGUCCGGACAGAGAGGGGGCGUAGAGAGGGCGUGGAGAGGGAGUGCAACCUCCUACUCGGCGAGUAUUCCCGGCUGCAGACACGAGUGCAGGAUGCCGAGGGACACCAGGCAAGGGUGCGUGAGUUGGAGGUGGAGCUGCAGGAGCUGCAGCAGCUACGCCGCGCUCGGACAUUCCUGCUAAGCAGCGAGGAUGACGGCGUGACUCUCACCCAGACUGUCCUCAACAGCACCCCGGAGACCGACACCUUUCUGGAAGUGGAGGUCUUGGAGACGGGAGGAGGGGUGAGGGAGGAAAGUGAAGGCGGAGGGGGUGUCAGAGGUGAGGCCUUACCUGAGUCCAGCCCCGUGAGGAAAAGCUGCAGCGACACGGCACUCAACGCCAUCGUGGCCCGGGACGCGUCUGGCCGGCGGAGAGGCAGCUAUGCUCUCCACGCCAACAGUGUGAGAAAAAGGGGGAUGUCCAUCCUCAGGGAAGUGGACGAGCAGUACCACGCCUUACUUGAGAAAUACGAGGAGCUGCUCGGGAAGUGUAGGCGCCAGGAGGAGAGCCUGUGUCACGCCGAGGUUCAGACUUCCCGACCAGUCUCCCGGGACCCAUCCAUGAAGGACUGUGCCAUGGGCCCCAUCCCAGUGCCGCCCCCUACCCCGACGCAGUCGCCCUCCACCCCUGAAGCGAUUGAGAGCAUCAGCAAGCAGGUGGAGGCAGUGGAUAAACGGCUGAGCCAGAACACGCCAGAAUACAAGGCCCUUUUUAAGGAGAUCUUCUCUCGUAUCCAGAAGACCAAGAUGGACAUCAAAGCUACCAAAGCUGCUAAGGCUAGCAAGUCUGGCAAAUCUGGCAAAUCUAGCAAACACUAAUGAUACAGUGACAGGCUAUAAAGAGGCUGGUGAGGUUAGUGCUGGUGCCAGGGCUGAACGAGGGUUUACUAUUAAGGCUAGUUCACAGGUUCUGUGUCCACACGUCUGCUGAGGUCAGCUAUAGUCCACGUUGAGUACAUGUUGUAAUCCACUAAUGUCGGCCCCCUAUGCUGAUGUCUGCGUUGCUGCCUAAACGUUUAUGACUGCAAGGAUCACAUGGGUCUACCGUGCAUGUCCCAGGUAGUACAAUAUAUUGGAAUGUGGGAUCAGGAACGGAUCUUAUUCUUCGCAUUCUUAUUUAAUCUUAUUUUAGUAUGAGUGUAACCGGCAACAUGUGCUUGAUCCGAAUGAGUGUGCAACUUAUUGCGGACAUGAAAAGUAUGGAGAGACGUUAAAGCCUCUUAUUAAAGGGGGGGGGUUCUGAAAAAUAUGUUAAAUCAAAGUACAGUUCAGUUUAUUUGAAGUCAAAUUUAACUGCACAGCUGGGAUACAGAAUUGAAGCCCGAUGUGGAUGUGAUACAUUUUAAACCGCAGAUUCCAGUCAUAUACAGUAUAUAAAACAUGGCUACAGUAUACUUCCUUCAUAUUCUUUCAAUAAUCUAUACUAUCUGGCUUCACUAUAGGCACAGUCGUUGGCAAUAUGUUUGCCAUAGAACCUCAUAAGAACACUAAACAUUGAAGCUUAACUAAAAAAUUGCAUCAGGAACAUGAGUGGAAAUUUAAAAUGAAUGUGAACUGGUAUCUGGUGUGUUUAUUUUAAGGUACAACAGAAUUAGUAAAAACGAUAAAGAGUGGUGCUCUCCAGCUACGGUGCUGUCUGUCUCAAGAAUGAACUUGGAGGUGCUAAUAAUUAUCUGACAACUUAUGGCGUCUUUGUCCAUGAUACAGUUCCUGCACUACUCGGCUCUACUCUACACAGUUUGUUAUCAUGCAUUAAAAAUAAUUGUUCAGUACUUCCUGCAUGACCGGAGACAGUCACUGAACUGAAAUGCGGCUGAACGGGUUGUGAUUCAGCUCUGCUUUUUUCAGUGCUGUGGCUAAAUACACCAGACUCUGUAUUAAAUAUUGAGAUUUUAGAAAUUUCCCUGUUAAAUGUUGUAGAUUAACUCAUGUUUUCAGUGUCGGCUCAGCUCGCUUGCAACCUCAUCAGAUCAGGUUACUAUAAAAAGCACCAGUUACCAGGUGCUAUCCUUAAUGGAAAAGCAACAAAAUCAAAACGAGUAGAGUCGAGCCGAGCCAUGCUAGAACUGUGCAAUGGAAAAGCGUAACGAUUAAAAUUAGGAGGAAAGAGGUUUUGUUUUUUAUGUCUUUGUAGAAGACCAUGUCCUGUCCAGUAGCCGGUAGAGUACUACACGUUUAACAUGACCUAGUUAACACACAAUAAGCUAUUAAAUAAAAACCAACCGUUCACAGGGGAGCAUUGCUAUUUAUUGUUAGGAAGAAAUAAGUAGUUUUAGACUGUAAAACCAAGUAUGAUUGAUGCUUCCGUUAAAGGACAAUUUAUGGAGACUGUUGUUUUCACUAUUUUUGGACACUCAACAUACAAUAUAAUCUUGAACAUUGUUUGUUGGGGCAAAUAUUGAAGACUGAUCUUGCAGCACUGUGUUGGGGCUGUUUGACAGAAAUGCUGCAUAGUAGAUAAUAUAAGACCUCAAAACAGGGCUUCGUUUAACACCUUUACCAAACUAACAACGAACUAACAUGCAGAUAUAUUGCACCUUUUUCACAGUAUACAAUACCUAUGCCUUUUUCUGGGUAACCUCUUACAGUAUGUAUGAACCUUUGUUAUAAUGAAUGUUAUUACAGCCAAUAUUUUUUAUCUUGUUUUUCACAUCAAAGCUUGAAACCUUUUACUUACAAGAGCAGGUGUUUUGAUUAAAGAAUUGAGGAGGAUGGAUGGUUUUCUGAAUCCUGAUGUAGUCGAGGUGUAUUUACAGUUUGCAGUGAUGUAAUUCCUGUGGAUACCUGGUGUGUAAAGUACAUUUUAGAAGAAAUGAUUGUGUUAUAGAUUAGACAAACUGGUUGUCAAACCAGAGCCUGUAACCAUUUUUUUACAAUGACUCAUAGGGUUUCUGUACUGUAAUGUCUUAUGUGUUUUAACGCCUCAUCUCUUGCAUAUUAGGAUAGCUACACAUUUGUGCUUGUGUAUUUAUUUGUGUGAAUGUUACCUUAUUAUAUUUUUCUUACAUUUUGAGUGCCUAUAUGUGAAUGUCACUAACACGCUGUCAAAGUAAAUAAAUACACUUAAUUUGCCUAAUUUCCCUGUGCAUUAUAAUGUCCUUGACGUUCUUCUCUGGGCUUUUGAGUUCAUGUAUUAUUGUAAUUGAACUCAGUUUACCAUGUUAAUAAAGCAAUGAUAGAAUGCA